CAUAAUCCGGGGCCUGUCGCCGUCUCUGUCAUCACUCUCCUUCUGCACUCAAGUCGAACUGUUCAUUUCACUAGCGUUCAUCGAAUCCUUCAGCUAGUUUGCACCCCCCCUCGAGUGCCUGUGGCAUGUCAGAUCCUACGUCUAUUGUGCCUCCCAAGGGAGCUGUCGCUCCCACAGAGGUCGCUCUGGAGACCAUUCAAGCCGAUGCGCCUGGCCCGUCUACUGAGCCUGAGCUGCCGGAAAUAUUUGUGGCCGCACAAAGGGGUGACAUGUCCACCCUCACCAAACUCCUGGCCGAUGACUCAUCGUUAGCCAAUGGCAAGGAUCUCCAGGGUAUUACACCACUGCACUGGGCAGCGAUUAACGCCCACAUGGCAGCUUGUCGACUUCUUCUUGACAAUGGUGCCGAAGUGGACGCAAAGGGAGGUGAUCUGGUUGCAACACCAAUGCAGUGGGCUGCUCGUAACGGACAUCUCUACGUUAUCCAGUUGCUCAUCUCUCAUGGCGCUGAUCCCUCGCUUGAAGAUGCUCAAGGUUACAACACCCUACACUUGGUCACUCAUUCAAGCGCCGUCAUGCCUCUGUUGUACAUAUUACAUCAGCCUGUCGCAGUAGACCAUCCGGACACUCAGGGGCAUACCGCGCUGAUGUGGGCAGCAUAUCAAGGCGACGCCCUUUCAGUCCAACUCUUGCUGUCGCAUGGCGCAUCCGUCCAUGCUCGAGAUCAUUCGCAGUUAACCGCGUUGCAUUGGGCUGUUGUGAGAGGAAAUCAUUUGUGCAUCAAACGGCUCUUGGACGCCGGGGCCGAUGUCAAUUCCCGGGACGGCCAGGGCAAGACCCCACGGGAAAUGGCCACCGAACUCAAAAGUGAAGGCCCGUGGAGACGAGCAUGUAGAGAGGCAAAACGUACAGAAGAUGGGAGGAAGCGGAAAAGUGUUUUGAAUGAGAGGAACACCAAAAUUGCCGUAUUUCUGGUCCCUACCUUAUUCUUUUACCUCAUUUUUUCCACAAUUUCCCUCCUCACGUGGUACACUGGUCUCUGCCUGGCUGCGGCAGAGUUCUUCGGAAUGCACCAUGUCGUCACGAAGGUGUUAUUAGAUGCACCUCCGUCAAGCACAGCCGUGACUGGGUCGCCAUACUUCUCGGGAAUCAUUUUUGGGUCGCUGUUCUUCGUUGGCUGGGAGUGGGUUACGACAGUGGUGAGGUCAACUUCAGGCUAUGCAGUGACGAACCUCUUGUUUGCCUUGUGCUUUCUGCUCUGUUGCUACAACUUCUUCCGUUCCGUGACUUUGGAUCCCGGCGCAUGCCCCAAACCUGCUGACGAGGCAGAAUUGAAAUCGAUUAUUGAAGAGCUGGCCAGCGAAGGACGAUUGAAUGGACAAACCUUUUGUGUUGUGUGCAUGGCUAGAAAGCCACUUCGGUCGAAGCAUUGCCGGGUUUGUGACCGGUGCACAGCAAGAUUCGACCACCAUUGUCCCUGGGUUUGGAACUGUGUCGGUAUAUCUAAUCAUCGACAAUUUAUCAUCUUCCUCAUCUCUUUGGUGCUCGGAGUUCUAUGCUUUGAUUACCUUGUCUAUGCUUAUUUCUUGCAGAACGUACCCGCAGACACCGUACCCGCAGCGUCCUGCAUCCUUCCCACGACGCUCUGCAGCUGGACGUCACAGAAGCCAUUUAUUACGUCGGUUUCAAUCUGGGCAACUCUCCAGCUCGUGUGGACUUCCGUGCUACUUGUUGCGCAAUUAUGGCAAGUAACAAAGCAGGUCACCACGUUUGAAGUCUCGAAUUUGUCACGAUUUGGCUUUAUGGGUGGCCGAGGAACAUCUGCAAUUGGGCAAGAAGGUUUGACACACCCCAGACAGGGUCAGCAUAUGAUGGGGGACGAUGAACCCAAUCCAGAUGGAAUCGGCGGUCAUCCGGCAGCAGGGGGGCCGGGGCAGCGGGCCCAGCACAAGAAUACUGCUGCAUUCCUCUUGCAGCUUCUCGGUCUCGAUCGCUUUACUGCCAAAUCUAACAGGCGUGCACUUGCACGGUCAUCGCCCAAUUCAAAUCCUUUCGAUCAAGGUGUCUGGCGAAAUUGUUUGGACUUCUGGACCACUGGCCGCGAGCUUGGUGUAGAGUACGGUUCUCUAUAUGAUGUUCCGUCUGGAGGAUUUGCAAAGAAGGGAGGCGAUGAUGGCAAUAGGCGGAAAGGGAAGGGCCGUAAGGGUGGAUAUGAGCAGGUUCAGUCUGAGGAAGUGUGAUAUGUAGGGAUAUCGAGUCGUGUGGGCAAUGCCUGAUCUGU